UCCAACGCCAUGGUCUCAAAGGUUACAAUAGUACUUGCACUUGUGGGCGUGGCCCUCGCCGCCCCCUCCGACCCCUACGGCCCGCCCGCGCACCAGCCCGUCUACAAAGAGGAACCUAUUCCGUACAACUUCGCCUACGCCGUCAACGACCAGUACGCCGGCACCGACUUCGGCCAGAACGAGGAGUCUGACGGCAAGACGGUCAGGGGAUCUUACACUGUGCAGCUUCCCGACGGACGCAAACAGACGGUAAACUAUGUUGCUGACCACUACAAUGGCUACCAGGCUGAAGUCAGCUACUAUGGUGAAGCUCAGUACCCCCACGAGUACGGCCCCCCCGUCACCUUUAAACCUCAGGUCUCAUACCAGCCCCAACCCUCAUACAAGCCCCAACCCUCAUACCAGCCACAACCCUCAUACCAGCCCCAGCCCUCAUACCAACCACAGCCUUCAUAUCAGUAAUAUAUAUUCAUAAAACUAUUUCAAGAAAUUCAUCUUCAUUUUCCAUUGUUUAAACACUGAAGAAUAUAAAAUAAAAUACUACC